AUGGAGCGCUUGUAUGGGCCCAACUCUCAAUUACCCAACUAUCAAUUGCCUCCAGAGCUUGAUCGUUUUUCAGGAAAAAAGUGGAGCGAAAUUUUAGCCCGCACCGCUCCAAAAGACUUACAAAAAGAAGCGCAAAAGUAUGUCAUCUACAAAGAUUGGGAUCUUUAUUUAAGUUUACGAGACAAGUGA